GGAUGCACAAUGUAUUAAACCAGCCACAAUAUUAUAAUGCUUUGAAAGGAAGAGGGCAAAAUGAAGAAACUGGAUUUUCGUUUAAUGGUGUUAUAAAAGCAUUUCAACCACGUCCAGUCCCAGAUGAACCUGAAAAUGAAACUGAUGUUGAGGAUUGUAUUAGAAGGCUAGAGCAAAGUGAUGCAUCUUUAAAUGAAAUAAAUAUAAAUAAUAUGAAAAGAAUUUCAAAAGAAAGAAUUAGACAAAUGAUUAGGGCGGCGACGAAAUCUAAAAAUUUAAAAAAAUUGUCGUUGGCUAAUACUGCUAUUUCCGAUCAAGAAGCUAGGCCUCUUUUGGAAUUAAUAGAAAGGACAGAUUCUCUAAAAGUUCUUAACAUCGAGUCGAACUAUAUUAGUCCAGAAAUGAUUGCCAAAUUACUGAGGGCAACAUUAACAACCCAAUCUCUCGUUGAAUUUCAUGCUGAAAAUCAAAGACAAUCAGUUCUUGGAAACCAAAUAGAAAUGGAUAUAAUGUUAAGUGUUGAAGAUAAUGAUUCUCUUUUACGAGUUGGUGUUUCUCUUCAAUCUAUGGAGGCAAGAAAUCGUGUUGGUGAAGCUCUUGAAAGGAAUUAUGAACGAUGUAUAUUUUUUUUAAAUUGA